CCUGGUGCUAACUGUCAGCUGAUGCGAUAGAUAGAGCAACAGCCAACAUCUGAGGCAGCGACGGUUAAAAAAGAUGGCCUACCCUAAAUCUCACAAUCCAUUUGCCGAUGAUGAUGACGAGGAAGGUUUUCAGCCCAAAGGUCGAGGGUUCGAUGACGACCCGGGUGACAGCGGGUUGACUGAAGCAGAGAGGAGACAGAGGUACCUUCACCAGGAAGUGAUGCGUACAGCUCAGUCUGCUGUGGACAGCAGUUAUCGCUCCAUCGGCCUCAUUUAUGACUCAGAGAAGAUGGGUGUGGAAACUGCAGAGGAGCUGAUGCGACAGGGUGAAGCUCUGAGGAGAGCAGACAAGAUGCUGGACAACAUGGAUCAGGAGCUGAAAACCAGCCAGAAGCAUAUUAACACUAUUAAGAGUGUGUGGGGAGGAUUUGUCAACUACUUCAAAGGCAAACCAGAAGAAAAACCUACUCCUGAGGAACCAAAGGCCUACCAAGCCAGUGAACGAUUACAGAGUGCCUUGUCCAGCAGCAGAGAGCAGGAAGACAAGUACCAAGCCAGCCAUCCCAACCUGAGAAGGUUGGAGACAGGAGGUUUUGGAGCUUCUGCAUCAAUGGAUGAUCGCUCAUCUAGACAGAAUGGAAACCCACAGAACAGAUACCUCAAGGAGGCUCACCAUACCCUGGACAAAAACUUAGAUGACAUGAGCGAUGGGUUGAGAAGACUGAAGAACCUUGGACUCGGGCUUCAGGUAGAAAUCGAUGAGCAGGACGACUCCAUCGAUUCUCUGCUGAACAAAGUGGACAAGAUGGACGGGAAGAUCAACACCGCAAACCAGCAAAUUAAAAACCUCAAAUAGGACUCACACUUGGACUCAUUCGCACCCACGAGCCUUCAUCUCAAUCUUUGUUAAAUAUAUAUAUAUUUCUUUUUUUUAUUAUUUUCAAAAAAUAAAAACAAGAUUUCUUUCUUUUUGAGAAGUUGGAUUUUACUUUCUGUCAAGCUUCACUUCAUGUCUGAAAGUUUAUUUUGAGUAAUUUUCUUUUUUUUUGUAAUUGCCAAAAAUGUAAUUAGCAACAAACUGGUGAAUUUUAAUUGAUGGAUCAUUCUCUGA